AUGUCACAAACAGCAACGUUGACAUCUCCUCCAAAUGAUGCCCAAGCGACACAAGCUCCCAAGCCCAUAAGGACGCCGGAAAGACCCAUCCAUCGCAUUCCUUGGCCGGAAACCCCGCUAGAGCAGAGAAAAUGGCAGUUGGAGCAGAUGGCUGGCGCGUUUCGCGUCUUUGCUAAGCUGGGAUUCGCGGAUGGUGGUAGCGGACAUAUAAGCUUACGAGAUCCUGUCCAGCCCGAGACCUUCUGGAUCAACCCGUACGGCGUCCAUUUUGGCGUGCUUACCAUUUCGGACAUGGUACACAUCGACCGUGAAGGGAAUCGCAUCGGAGGAGCCGACGCCAUGGUAAACCGCGCAGGCUUCAUCAUCCACCGAGCAAUCCACGAGGCACGCCCGGACCUGCACGCGGCGUGCCACAUGCACAGUCCUUAUGGCAGAGCCUGGAGCACGUUUGGGCGUGGUAUCGACAUGCUAAACCAGGAUAGCUGCAUGUUCUACGAAGACCUCGCCAUCUACACAGCCUUUGGCGGUGUCGUGCUAGCCCCCGAGGAGGGCGUCAAUAUCGCCCACGCCCUAGGCCCGCAGAAAAAGAACCUCAUCCUGCAGAACCAUGGCAUUCUCACCUGUGGCGGCACCAUUGCCGAGGCUGCCGGCUUCUUCAUCGCCCUCGAGCGCGCCUGUCACACCCAGUUAUUGGUCGAGUCGGCGACGGCUUCGUCCAGUAUCGGAGGCGCUGUUUCAGGCCUGUCUAAAGUCUUCGUUUCCCGCGAGGAAGCCGAAUAUACGAAGAAGGGUACCGGCACACCAGAGGUCAUGUAUAUGCAAUUUGCGCCCGAGUAUCAGUGCAUCUUAAAGGAAACAGGGGGCGAUUUUCUUUUAUAG